ACCGUGUGUGUUUGCCUGGCUAAAUAAUAAAUAUGUGCUUUUCAAGCAUUCAUUUUAAUAAUACAAAUAAUAUCUCAUCAAAUUUGUGAUUGUGAAAUCAAAAAGUUGUUAUUUUUUUCUUGGUUUCAUCCCAGACAGCAUUUUUUUGUUUAAUAAUAUUAUUAUAACAUUAUAAUAACGAAUAAUAUUAGUUUAACGUUAUUAUAAUACUAUUAUAAUAUUAUCAUUGCAAAAUGCUGUCUGGGAUUCAUGUGCUUUGUACAGUUCUCGGCGAUAUUGCAGUAGACAUAUUAUAUGACUGGAUUAACUACCACGAGAAAACUUACACCUCAAAACACAAUCAUCGGUCUAUAGGAGACCGGAAUACAGGUGUCGUAUACGAGGUCGUAUACAUUCCAAGACUGAGUGAUCGAGGCUAUACCCACGCCCAUUGAUCGAGUUCUCUUUUCUAAGUUCCAACUGCAACAAAUAACUGUCAACUGAUAAGGCCAACUUCAAUAUCAGACUUGUAUAUAACACUUGUUAAAAAUGAAGUGUAUAAUCUGCGAUAAUACUUCCAAUUACACCAAGGGCCAUCGUCUAGGAAUUUUUUAUCAUAGAAUUCACAAGAAUGAAUAUUUGAGAAAAAAAUGGCUUAAAGUUUUUGGAAUUUAUCGUUGUCAUUAUUGGCAACGUGUAUGUAGUGAUCAUUUUUUAGAAGAAAACUAUAAGCCAGGAAAAAAGCGAUUUUUAUUUUCAAACAAUAUUCCCCAACCUUAUGAUCGAAAUGGUUUUCCAUCUAAUUAUGCUACUCAAAGUAAUGAUGUUGAAACAGGUAAUAAUGUAAUUUUAGCAAUGGAACAAAAUGUUAUAAAAGAGGAACAUAUUGGAAAUGCUGUUGUAAAUAAUUUUAAAUCACCAAGACGAUCAUCUAGACUUAUUAGAAAAAAUGAGGAUACGAGUAAUAAAAAUAUGUCGGACCAUACUUUAAGAUCUGGAUUACGGUGUUCCGUUAAAAACUGCUUUAACAGGCCUUCAAAGAAUCUUAGUCUCUUUGGCUAUCCUAAGGAUUUCAAGCUGAGAAAAAAGUGGAUAGAAAAAUGUGGAAUAAAAAAAGAUCCUGCUAAAAUAGUUACAAGUAGAAUAAGAGUUUGUAGUACUCAUUUUGAACUCUAUUGUUUCAAGAAUAUUGAAUUAAAGAACAAAUUAAAACCAGGCGCUGUUCCAUCAUUAUUUUUUGAUAAUUUUUUGCACCUAAUGCUUUGCCAGUGUCAAUUAAUGAAGUGCCUGUAUUGAGUACAUGUGAAGAUCAAUUCAUAAGUUCAAUAGAUAAUGAAGCUGCUGAAAAAUCGUCAGAAGAAAAAAAACAAUGCAAAAGAUUAUACAUAUUAUAUUUCCAUGACAAUUGAUUGUUCAUCUAAUAGUUUGUUGUCCAUUACUUUGGAACCAAUUGAGAAAAGAACUUAACAAUGUAGUAAAAUGGAUGUUUGCAAUACUGAAGACUUGACAAUGGAUGAACACGGGUUUAUUUUUGAAACGUCUAAAGAAGUUUUACUUCCUAGUAACAUUUGGAAGAUUAAACAUCUUAGUACACAUAAUGCAACAGGUUUUUAUCAACGAGACUCUACUGGUGUAAUUAUGAAGAAAGUUAAUUUUUAUAAUAACCUUGUGCCAACUAUACAAAUAUAUGGCAGAAGAUGCGAAUAUAAAAAGCCUAUUACAACAAAGAAAAAGUUAGAAGAUCUUUUAGAAAAAAAAGUCGAUCGUAUAGAAAAAUGUUAUGGUUCAUUUGAACAUUGUAUUGGGUAUUUUUACUAUGGUUUAGAUGAUACUCUUAUCUGUUAUGGCUGUCAAGGGUUGGUAAAAAACCCAGUUAUCCAAAGAAGAGAAGCAAAUAUUGAAACUAUAAACAAGACUAUUCAAAGUUUAGAAAAAAUAAUUGCUGAAAGG